CAGUGAAAUCACUGCGUCCAACAAAGGCGGUGAUGGCCUGGAUAGCUGACGUGGCGCGGCGUGAGGCGUCGGAUCGUGGAGAAAAACCACAAUCCGCGCCUCACUGCAUCCAACGACAACGGUGAAUGCGCGGGUGGCGCGGAUCGCUGACGUGGAAAGCGGGGUUAUCACCGCUUUGGUCUUCAGCGGUGAAGUCCCCGCCCGCGUCCACGUCAGCGAUCCGCGCAUUUUCACCGCGUUUGGAUCCAACGGUGAAGAUGUUCACCGCGUCUAAAAUCUACGGUGAGUUAUUCACCGUCAUUGACAACAGCGAUGAUAGCAUCACUGUUGUUGUCCACAGCGAUGAUGCUAUCACCGUUUUGGUCCAAAACGGUGAUAGCAUCAUCGCUGUGGACCAAAACAGUGAUGCUAUCACCGUUUUGGUCAAAAACGGUGAUAUCCAUCACUGUUUUUGUUUGCAGCGGUGAUAACCAAACUGCUGUAUUUUGGGAAAUAUUUUUAUAAGUAUUGUAUUUUGGUAAUUUUUUUUAAUAAUAAGUGUAUUAUGGGAUUUUUUCCAGUUUUUGGAGUGUCCCGUCGAGGUUGCAUUUUGUCAAAAAGCUACAUGGCUGGUGGGACGUCGUUUUUGGAUGUCAUGUGUAUAGGUGAAGAGGUGGCGGUUGCAGUUGGUGUUGGUCGUCGUUGGACCCUUAUUAAUUGCAACCACUAAUUAUAACCUCUAAAAAAGGGUAGCUGCCUGCCAUAGUAUCUUCGGCCCGAAACGUGGGGGGAUCUUGGCUUGUUAAUUGUUAUAUUUCGUUGCUCUUGCAUUUACUUGGAGUGAGGCCAUUUGUUUGUAAUUAAUAACAUGAACAGUUUGACAUAUGUAACCUUUUGCUUUAGUACUUCUGAUGUAUUUGAGUGUAUUUGGAAGUACACAUGUCCGUCAAAAAUAAUAAAAAUGAUGUAAUUUCGAAUAAUUUGAUAUAAGUGGAGAUGAUACAUGGUACGAGAUUAUAAUGUAUGUAUUUUCGUGAUAAACAAACUUGAAAUUUAAGUGGACAAAUCAAUAAUAGUACACUAUCAACCAGGGGCGGACCCAAGUUAGAGCAAGGUGUGUCACCCGACACACCUUGGCUCGAAAAUUUUGUGAGAGACAAUGCUUUCGACGGUACAAAAAAUUAAAACUCGAGACUUUCGACACACCUCAAUAUUUGUAAGCGACACACCUUUAUCAUUCUACAAUAAAAUUGUUGUUAUACAGCUAAUAAAAUAUAUAAAUAUAUAUUAUCUUUAGUUUACUUGGUUCUGAAGUUAGUGUUGACUUUAUCUAUUGCAACUACAAGUUUCCAAAGGCCUUUUUAGCUAUGAAGGUAAUCAAGAACAAUCUUCGAAAUUGAUUGAAUUACCAAUUUAUGAAUGUUUGUUUAGUUGUGUAUACCAAAAAAAUCUUUUAUUUGCAACAUGGAUAAUGAAUAUAUUUUACAAACCUUUCAAUAUACGAAAGUCAUCGUG